AUGGAGUACUGUCCAGGAUCCAGAGGUAGAUGUUGCACAUUUGCAUUCGUCGUGGUCACAGCGGUGUUUUUCCUAAUGCAAUACGUUCCAUUGCCAGAAUGGUCAAUGAAAGUGAUGCUGCAUUUUGGCGCGAUUGGGAAUAUGACGGAUACUUCCAACGAGACUCUGACGAAACUCAUGCCCUCGACAUCGGGGGAAGCCUUGCAGACGUUCCCACUAUCUAGCGAACAGUGCAAAAACGCAACGUUCGUAACUGUGGGCAAGGGUGGAAGACUAGGGAACAUGAUCGCCGAAUACGUCACGGGCUUCUCAUAUGGCCGGAAGUAUGGGAAGAUCCCCGUGCUCAACGAGAAUCACCGAAAUGCCCUGCUGCCCCUCUUCCCCCAUCUCAGUUUGAGGACGGAGAAGGAGACGGGAUGUUCCCCCAGGAACUGGAGCAGAGCAGUCGCUAGUUUCCCGAACGGAGCGAUUCCCCCACCGUGGGACAACAGCACCUUCGUCCAAGGCAAGGACGUGUGCAUCACUGGUUAUUCGUGUGAUGGGAAGCUUUUCCACGAAUACAGGAAAGAGUGGAUACUGGAUUUUAGAUUCGGAUCGAAGCUGUUACGAGAUGUGCACUCAUACUUCACAACUCUGUUCGCUAAGUACAAAGGGAACACCACGUUUAUCGGAAUUCACGUUCGCCGUACGGAUCAGGUGUUUCACAAUCAAAAGUUAUUCGGUGCAAAACCAGUGACGGCUGCAUAUUACCAGAGAGCUAUGGCCCACUUCCGAAAGAUUUUCUCCAAUUCCGUUUUCAUCGUGGCCACUGACGACAUGAAAUGGAGCAAGCAAAAUAUUAGGAAUGUGAAUGAAAGCAUGGCAAUUGAAUUCGUGGAAGCGAAAGGUCGGGACUUCGACUUCGCGGUCCUCUCCCAUUGCAAUCACAGCAUCGUGUCUGUCGGCUCUUUCGGCUUCUUCGCGGCUUAUUUCGGGGGAGGUCUCGUCGUCGCCCCAAAGGUCGUUUCGAAGACACCGGACUUUUCAUCAACCGGCCUUCGCCCUGAAGAAACUCUUCGAAUAGGGAAAGCAGAUGAACACAAUCUUAUUUGUCGCCUACUAGCCUUCCCCACCAUUCUUCUUUUCCUUCAUAGGCUCGAGUCUACCAUGCAUUUCAGUCGCGAGGCUGAUCGAGCCAAUCGAUCGUUGGCUGUGGCACUGACGGACGGACUUAAGCCGUGA